AGCGGGACUGAGAGGAAGGUUUCACCGUUCAGACUUAUUGAUUAUUGGGGAAUUUAUUUUUUUAUCAAAUCAAGAUGAAGGAGUUUAUUAUGUUGGUCCUCUUCUGUCAUGUUGCAUCUCCAGUGCAUCACUCCCUGAGGAAUUUCUUCACUGGAUUGUCUGGAGUCCCAAACUUCCCAGAGUUUGUUGUUGUCGCCUUUGUUGAUGAUGUUGAAAGUGAUUACUAUGACAGCAACACACAGAGGAUGGUGCCCAAACAGGACUGGAUGGAGAAGAUCACAGACGAUCUUCCUAACUACUGGGACUCACAAACUCAGAUUCUUCAGGGCUCCCAGCAGGUCUUCAAAGUCAGCGUUGACACCUUGAAGAAACGCUUCAACCAAACUGGAGGUGCCCACAUUGUCCAGUGGAUGUCCGGCUGUGACUGGGACGAUGAGACUGGAGUCACUAAUGGUUUUCAUCAGUUUGGUUAUGAUGGAGAAGACUUCAUAGCUUUUGACCUGAAGACAAAGACGUGGAUCGCUCCAGCACCACAGGCUCUCAUCACCAAACACAAGUGGGACGGACUGCCAGGUGAAACUGAGCGCUGGAAGAACUACCUCACUCAGGAGUGCAUUGAUUGGCUGAAGAGGUUUGUGGACUGUGGGAGGAGCACUCUGCUGACAACAGAGCUUCCCUCGGUGUCUCUCCUCCAGAAGACUCCCUCCUCUCCAGUGACCUGCCACGCUUCAGGUUUCUACCCCAACAAAAUCAUGUUGUACUGGAUGAGAGACGGAGAGGAGCUUCAUGAGGAUGUGGACCACGGAGAGAUCCUCCACAACCACGAUGGAACCUUCCAGAAGAGCGUUGACCUGGACCUUUCAUCAGUCAAACCUGGAGACUGGGGGAGGUACAGCUGUGUGUUUCAGCUCUCUGGUGUCGAGGAGGACAUCGUCACCAAACUGGACCCAGAAGUGAUCAAGACCAACUGGGGCAAGACUGAGAUCAAACGUGAUGGAGAGAAGCCCAGUGACCUGACCAUCCCCAUCGUUGCUGCUGUGGCUGUUAUUGCUUUGCUCCUCAUUGCUGGCAUUGGAUUCGCAGUGUACAAGAAGAAACAAGCAAAAUCCCCUCCAUCUUCUCAGAACAGCUCAGAAACUGAAAUUCAGAAACUGAAUCCAGAAGCCUGAUCGCCAAACAGACUACUGUGCACACAGUUCUUAGAUAAAUUCUGCACUGGAGAUUGUUGAAGAUUGAAGAGGCACUGUCAGUGUCCUUCUGUGUAAGAACUGGGAAGAAAUGGAUCACUAGUUAUUUAUAUCAUAAAUCAGAAACAAGGCCAGAGAGUUACAGAGUCAAGUCAGUCACAACAUUAUGAAUACAUAAAUUACUUUUGUAUUAUUAAGACAAAUCUGUCUAGAAAAUCAUUUUUAUUAAAAAAACAAACAAAAAAAAACAUUCUACAAAAAUGACAGUACAGUCAAUCAUGACAGCAGAUUAUGACAAUAAUGCUUCAGUUUAGUGUUUAUUAAUUGGCCAAAAAAAAAAAAAGGUUAGAUCUCUGGCCUUUCUUUAUUUCAGCCAAAUCCCCUUGUCCCGUCUGGAAAAUAUUCAGAUGGGACAAGGGAAUGAGAGGAACGUCGACCCUUGCUCCUGCAGAUCACAACACAGUAAUCUGAAAAACUUGGUGUACUUAUUCUGUUUUGGCCAUAUAAAGGAUGAUUCUGCUUAUUUUGAUGGGAAAAUGGUGUUUUUAUUAUGUUAUAGCUUUGAAUAAGUUUUGAUUUGUUGGUUUUAGGCUUAAUAUACAACAUAUCCACAGCAGUUACAGUUUUAAAUCUCCUGUGAUUUUAUCUGAAAUGUUUUUUGAAGUUACUUGAUGCUGGACUAUCUUGGCUUACAAGAACUUCAGUGAUUUAUUUCCCAGUUAUGUAAACAUUCUGCUAGUGUUUCUCAGUUUUUACUGCUUGAAUUCUUUUCUCACAUCCUAAAAUAAAACAAACUUUUAAUAUUUUGUUGAAUGAAGAUUUUUUAAAAUUCUAUGUUUGUUUUGAUCUAUUAUUGUAAUUUUUCAGCAUAUAAGUUGCUGGAGUUGUUGGGGUGUUGACAG